CACCAAAAAAUGGCAAACGACGAGCCCGAAGUUCACUGGUUCAAGCUAAUCAACAACAGCGGCGCAACCCAAAAGUACCUCAUGUUUGCACCACCUCCCACCACCGAUUUCGAUACCCCGAUCUGGAUCGUAAGCAAUGAUAUUGCCAACGAGACGUCUUGGGAGGUGCAUACCACCGCACCAAUCUUCGCUGAAAUAUUCAACCUUGCCUUUAACAACGGUGAUCCUAUCCUCCAAGACAGCGGAGAGCCAUCCAACGACGCAGUAUCCUUCACAGUCGUCACGAAGGACCUCCCCAACGAUGGUAACACCUACGUGAUUGGGUUUGGAAAACGCAAUGGUCCGAAUGGAGACAUCACAGCAUGUGCAUCUAUCCCCAUUCAUCCCAACACCCAGCAGGUUGUGAAUCCCAUCAUCGAGCUAUACUUUGGCAACAGUUCAGGCACACCAGGCGACCUGAUUGAUUAUAAUGAUUUGAAGGGUAAACCCGCGCACAUCAAUUUUGGGGUGCAUACUAAGGACGCGAGUCUUUGUACUGUUAUUCAUAAUUUGGAUGAUUUGCGAAGCGCGCUAGCGCUGAGCAAUACUAGGUUCAGUCCUGCUAGGGAAGUUUCCAGCUUCAAGACUUCUUAG